AAGCUGGGAAACCCAGGAAACGAAAAUUAGAGAGAGAGAGAGAGAGAGAGAAGAGGACGGGAAGCUUCGUUGGGGCUCUUCAAUGGAGGUCGGAGCUAGCGACAGCAGCAAACCGAGAUGUUGAACUUGUCCAUCUUCGCUCCUUCGUCACCUGCUUUCGCUAUCAACUCUUCUCCACUGGGACGGCCGCGGGACGGUUGCUCAGCUCACUGGACUCUCCUGCCUCACCUUCUCCCUCCAUCUGAAUCGCGACCCUCAAAUCCAUUGCUGUGAGAAUACGAUGCCUUCCACCUGCAGUAUCAGAGCUCUGUGGAUCCUCAACAACCAAGACGCCGUCGUUUUCUCCAGGCGGUUUCCGGUAGUAGAGAAACGAUGGCGGGCAGCUUGCAGGAACAAUGAUGGUCCGGGCACUGUUAAGUAUGCAGCUUCACCCAAUUUUCCUUCUGAUUUGGAGUUAUCUGCUGCCUUUGUGGAGAGAAAAAGCAGGGAAGGGUCUCUUCGUGGAUUUGGUAUUCGUGUGACUCGGUCAGCUGAAGGAUCAGAUUCUUGGGUUGAUGACCCGAUCACGCGGCAUGUUAUUGGCAUUUAUAUAGAUAAGGAAGUGGAAGGGGAGACUUACUUGCUAUGGCCUCUGAUCAUGCACAUAAAGGGACAAUUUUGCAUCCUUGUUCUGCCUUUGGUGGAGCCCAGACAUUUAGAUGCAUAUGAAAAAUUAUGUAAAAGAUCUGAUUGUGGGAAUGCUGUCGGAGUGGAUGGAAGUUUAUCUUCUCUCUUGCUCGAUCUUCCAUCAAUCACAGGGGCAUUCAUGGUAACACAUGCUAUUGGGGACAUAGUUUCUGGAGAUGUGGUGGAACCUGAAGUGAUUGUUAACUCUUCUCCUUCUGUGGGAGGUUUAUUGGAUUCUUUAACUGGUAGCAUAGGGAUUUCAGGAAUAUCCUCAAGGCCGAAGCCUGGACCAGCUCCAGUUGGAUCUUCCAAUACAUCAGGAACUGCUCUAGGAGGUGUGGCAGCAGAUGCUCCAAGAAGUGGUUCAAGGCUAUUGGAUAAGGAUGCACUGCGGACUUUCAUAAGUAGCUCAAUGCCAUUCGGCACCCCUCUGGACCUGAGUUAUACCAACAUUUUUGCUAUCAAGGUGAAUGGAUUUUCUUCAACAGAUCUGCCUCCUACUGACAUUAAACAACCUGCAUGGAAGCCAUACUUAUAUAAAGGGAAGCAGAGGAUACUCUUCACUAUCCUUGAAACUGUCAAUGCUGCCAUGUACGAUCGUGAUGAAAUCCCUGAUAGUAUUUCAGUUUCGGGUCAGAUAAACUGUCGAGCAGAAUUAGAAGGAGUGCCUGAUGUAUCAUUCCCUCUGAAUGAAUUGGCUGUGGGUCGCAUUGAGUCACUAUCAUUCCAUCCUUCUGCCCAAGUUCCAGAACACGGAGUCGACAAACACUCUGUGAUGUUUUCACCACCUUUGGGUAAUUUUGUUUUGAUGCGUUACCAGGCAACCUGUGGCCUGGGCCCCCCCGUAAAAGGUUUUUACCAGUUAUCAAUGGUCUCUGAAGACGAGGGUGCAUUUUUGUUUAGACUACGCUUGAUGGAAGGUUAUAAGUCUCCUCUGUCAAUGGAAUUUUGUACUGUGACAAUGCCCUUUCCUAGGAGAAGGAUUAUAUCUGUUGAUGGAACUCCAUCAGUAGGCACUAUUUUAAAUACAGAGCGCUCUGUUGAGUGGAAAAUCAUAGUAAGUGGACGGAGCCUUGUUGGGAGAAGCCUGGAGGCUACCUUCUCAGGAACAGUUAAAUUUGCUCCAUGGCAAACCCAGAGAUUGCCUUCUUCGAAGUCUUUCUUUGCUGGAAUCACUGAGGAAGAUAGUGAUAUCGAUGCAGAGAGCAACAGUAACAUGAUGAAUGUUGAGGAGUUUCUAAUGGAGAAAAUGAGCAAAGACCUCCCACCAGUUGACUUAGAGGAGCCAUUUUGUUGGGAGGCCUACAACUAUGCUAAAGUGUCGUUCAGAAUAACUGGGGCAUCAUUAUCUGGGAUGUCUGUUGAUCCUAAAGCAGUGAGCAUCUAUCCUGCUGUCAAAGCUCCUGUGGAACUUUCGAAUCAGGUGACUUCGGGGGAUUAUAUAUUGUGGAACACUCUGGGGAGAUGCCCGUCAGCUGCAGCCAUAUAAUAGAGGAUGAAGGGCGUGGCAACUUGAGAAAACAGACGAUUCUCCUGUUAAUACGGGGUGAUGCUCUCCACUCUUAUCCUCGGUCUGUACUAACCAAAGCCCAGUGCCGCCGUCUCAGAACCCUAACAAAACCUAGGGCAGUGGCAAGCAAGUUGUGGUCGGGAAGAUAUGGUCAAGAGGAGACCUCCAUUGAGAAUCUUUGUCCCCGAUGUCGACUUUGGUUUUGCAGGAAUUCAGGUUUGCGGUGUUUGAGCUUCCCUUUAUUGUUGUUAAUCGUUAUUGCUGCAUCAUUAAACCUUAAACUGCUCGCUGCAUUUUGAUUUGGAGGCAGUGAGUCAUUUUUUCCUUUCCUUUUGUUUGUUUGUUUUUUUUUUUUUUGGGGGGGGGGGGGGGAUAAGUACUGAGUCAUCUUGUUUUGUUCCAUUUUACGAUGCCCGGGAAUUUAGCGGAUGCGACAUUGUUUAGAGACUCCUCUGAUCGUAAUAAGUUCUUAGCCUGGUUUGUGCA